UGUUGGAAGCAUGGAAGCAAAGCAGAGGCCGAGAAUGGCGGCAAAGCUAUUACUAAAUACCAAAAUCCGCAUCAACCCCACACUAUCUCUUUAGUAUUUUUCCAACCAACACCACAGACAACACCCUAAAAAGGGAGAGAACACUGGUGCCUUAAAUACCCAGAAACUGGAACUUUUGAAGGUACACACACAAACAACAGGUUCAGAGUAGGUAGGUGGGGGAUUUCUCUUUCUCACUUUGUGUUUAUGGUUUGAUAGCAAAGGUAAUUUCCAUUUGAAGGGAAGUGUUUUUAUGGGUAUGGACACUGCUUUGAGUAGCAGUGAUAUUGGCGUUUCAAACAAGCUAUCAUCAACCCUAGAUAGAAAUGGUGUUGCUUUGGCUUUGAAGCUGCAAAGUACUGAAUCAUUAUUCCUUCCUAAGUCGAUGAUGGGUCAUCAUCAUGAUCAUCACCGUCCAUUAUCAUUAUCUUCUGAGACGCUAGGUGGUUAUGGUGGUCGCAGUGGUCCCACCCGGAAGAAUGGAGCCAACGAGGUGUUAGGCAAUAUAUACCUUGAUGAUGUUACUGCUGUUGCCUCUGCUGCUAGUGGUGGUGCAGUUGUUAUAAGGACUUUGCAGCCUUUUGGUAUUUCAACCACUAAUACCACCAACACCGCCUUCAAAUCCCCAGGAGGGAUGGCAGCGACUUUGGGCUUUCCUUUUACAUCUGCUCAGUGGAAGGAGCUUGAGAUACAAGCUAUGAUCUACAAGUACAUGGUGGCCUCUGUACCUGUGCCUCCUGAUCUCCUCUUACCCAUUACCAGAAAUCUUCCUGCAGACCCUGCUGCUUACCGCUCUCCCAGUAAUGAUCCCUCCUCCUCUUCUUCUCUCUCUCUCCAUGAUAACUCUUGUGGGUUUUGCCUAUUUCACUCUCUGUUGAAGGGGGCUUGUUUUGUUCUUUGAAAGUUAAGUUCUUUCUUUUCUCUGUUUGUGGGCAGUGGGUGGUACUGGUAGUUCUGUGUUCAAUCUGCGGUAUUCGAGCAAUAAAGAUCUAGAGCCAGGAAGGUGCAAAAGAACGGAUGGGAAGAAAUGGAGGUGCUCAAGAGAUGUGGCGCCCAACCAGAAGUACUGUGAGCGCCACAUGAACAGAGGUCGUCCCCGUUCAAGAAAGCAUGUGGAAGUUCAUUCCUCUCUCAACAACGUCAACAAUAAUAACAAGAAGAAGACCUGCCUUAACCGCCCUCCUCUUCACACAACUCCAACGGCUACGCCUAACCCAACAGUUCAAUCCAAGGGUUCUUCAUCUCAGCUCGUUCGAUCUACUACCAUUCAAGCAAAUGAGACACCUUUGUUGGUUGAUACUAAAGCUGAUCUGAACUUCCCUGCCUCUUAUAAUGAACCCAGAAGUAGUUUGGAUUGGAUGGAAGGUGAAAUGGUAACGAUGGAUUCAUCUGCUCAAGAAUGGUUGGAUUUGGUGCACGCCAACCUUGGAUUGGCAAACUCCUCCGCUUUCCGGCAACAUUAUGGGGUAGAAGAGUCCUUGAAUCUGUAUGAAGACUUCAAUGGUCCUGUAGAGAACCAACAAAAUGAUGAGAGCAAUUUGUUUCUCAACACUGAGCUUGUGUCCAUGGAGAGGCUGACCCAAAUAGAGACUUCAAGGGGUUUUAUUGAUGCAUGGUCAAAUGACAAUCCCAACACACAGGACAAUAACAGCUACAACGAGUCCUCUGUUUCAUCUCAUGGAAACCUCUCGCCUUCUUCACUCACUCUGUCUAUGGCCAUGGCAGCUGGUGAAUCUGUCGAUGAGAAAAUGGGUAUGAUAAAAAUGGGAUUAGGUCUUAAAGUUUCAGAUGAACACAAGACUCAAGUUUCAAGCUGGCAGAGCCCUGGUCCGUGGGUGGCUUCAACAACACCAGGUGGGCCACUAGCUGAGGCCUUACGUCCUGUCUCGGCAGGCUCGAAUCCAGAAUCACCUCACGCCGGCAAUGGCGAUUCAGUUAGUCCUCCGCCAACUACCGUCUCGUCUCCUUCUGGGGUUCUCCACAGAACAAUGCUUUCUCUGUCUGAUAGCAGUGGUAGCAACAGUCCAACCGGUGCUCUCCGGUGGCUGAACUAGACGAAUAUGACAUCUUUCUCGUGUUGGGAUUUGGUGAUUUUGGUCAGCUUAUAUUUUCAACUUUUGAUAUGUUAUUGCUCGUUAGUUUUUAUUUUUGCUUCCAGACUGAGUUUCUAAGAUUUUGUUUUUGGCAUAUACAUAGAUUUCUCACAAAAUGCGAAGUGAAAUGGUUUGUGUAUCAUUCCUUUGUUGUUCUGUUUAUGUGGGGAUGAUGGGUGUCUCUUUCCCGGCUGAUCUUGACAAUCUUCUUGCC